AUGCCGCCCAGAGAACCCUUCGAGGCGCAAUCCGUCGGCGCUCCCUGCGCAACCUCGCUUGCUUGGACUUCCGCUCUCAUUGGUGGACUGACAAUUCGGGGAGACGACCUUGCACCGAGCAUGGUCCUGUUCUUCAUCGCCCUCAUCUUCCUCGUCAUCGGUCUCCUCCGCACCAUUGCCGGGCGGCGUUUCCCGCAGAUUUUAAUUGUCUUCACGCCCACGCUCCUCUUCGUCUUCUGCCUCACCAUCUGGUCUGCUCUCCGAGCGCAUCUCUCCAACCUCCUGCAUGUGCUAUCCUUCGACGCUACUUCUUGGCAGUCGAGCCUCAUCGAGCUGGUGGCGGCCAACGGGUUGGUGAGCUGCGCACCGAUGAUGCUGUGUGAGACGACGUUUCAGGUCUUCGGUCUGCUCGGCAAGCGCAUCGCUGUGGGCGGGAGAUGGAUCAAGUAUACGGCGUAUGGGGCGAGACUGGCAAAUGGGGUCGCGCUCGUGAUGACUGUUGUCGCCGCUUGCGACUUUGCUUCUUAUCUGACCUCAUGGGUGGACCAGAAGGAGCUGGCUACUGUGACCGUCGAAGGCGCAUCGCUGCCCUGCACCACCAUCAACAUUGGCAGAAGCCUUACCCUACUGCCACUCAUGGCGGACGGACUGGAACUCGUCGUGCUAUUCGUCUUGAUCAUGCUCACACUCCUUCUUCGACUGCGAUACCGCCUGGUCUCAGGCGUAGCCUUCCACGUCAUCACCAUACUCAUGUGCCUCACGCUGCACUUCGCUUGGAAGUGCGCACGCGACUGGUCAGCCUUCCAGAUCUAUCUCGACGGUGAAUGGAACGACUCUGAUUUCCCUAUCGACCUCAAUCUCGAAGGUCUCGCCAGACGAACGCGAAAGGGCGCCGACGACCCGAUGCUCUUCUACCUUCUCGGCACCGUACCGCUCGUCCUCGCCAUGAUCCUCAUCUAUACCCUCGACCUGGUCUCAUACACCAACCCUCCUGCGGUACCCCAACAUGCACGGAUGAACUUCUCCACGCGCUUCAAUAUCUUCCUCGACCCCACUUCGCCGCGCAUCGAGCUGCUCCCCACGGGCAAAGCAGGCGCGAUUGAUGCCAAGAAGGACGCGAAAGGAAAAGGAAAGGAGGGCGAAGCGGCAAAGGCGGGCGAGAUGUACGUGGUCAAACGCGGCUGGUUGGGCGGAUGGAGUGUGCAGCCGGCCCAGACGGGAGAUGGGUGGAUGACAAAGCUUAAGCGGAGGGCGAGACAGAGAGUUCAAAGCUUUGUCAUGGGCUGGUCGGCUGAAGGCGCACCUGCUGUAUAG